AAUAAGCAAAUAGCGCUAAUAGCGCGCUCCCCGAAUACAGCCCAUAUGUAACGUGAUUACGACGUGCAAUGGUAUCUCGGUAUCGCGUUAUCGUGACAUCGCCGGGAAGGGCGCGAAGAUCCGGCGAACGAUGAUCCUCGGAACAUGACGCGAUUUAUGUAGUCGUAUACCUGUCCUCGCGGAAAGUAACAGACGAGAGAGAGAGAGAGAGAGAGAGAGAGAGAGAGAGGAGUUACGCAAGAUACGAAGUCCAAAACUGCCAGGCCGAGUAAAGGAUCGAAUAGGCGGGACAACUAAGUAACAAGUAACAACGGUGCGGUGUUGUUUAAUUAUUAUACCAGUAUAUUGUGCCAGUAUUUCCUUCGCCAUAUUCAAGAAUUUGUUGGAAAUCAUAUAACUACUGUACUGCACUUGAGUGAAAUUGAAUGGGCAAGUAAGUCUCAAUUGAAAUCAAAGGAAACAUGAAUUGGACGACUCGCAAAGUUUUUAAGAAUUUAUCAAGUCGUCAACAAUAUAAUCGUUUACGCCUUCGUAGAGCAUUCCAUCUUUCUGCGGGUAAAACACACUUAAAAGAUCAAAAUAGAAGUAAUAAUUCCUUAACUUAUUCAUGUGAACAGAAUUUGAGAAGUAGUGAAACUGAAGAAACGUCUUUGGACUUUCCAUCACAAACGCCAAGUGCUCAUGAUGAUGUAGUAGAAGAAAUAGUACACGAAGAUUCGCAACUUUGUUCGCAACACCAAAAUGUCGAAAUAGAUUGUUUUCAAAACUGUUUACGACAAUGCUGCCUGGACAUGAAUAUAAAUCAUGUUCAGACUACAGCAAUUUUAAGAGUACUUCGUAUGCAUAAAUGUUUUCAAAAUUUGCCAAAAGAUAGCAGAAGUUUUUUACAAACAAGUCGUGAUCGCAUUAACUUUGUACCAAUUGGCUCAGGUGUAUAUUGGCAUAUUGGUUUUGUAAAACUGUUAGAAAAGCACCUUUCGUUUUACGAUGCAGAUGAAAUUCCGCCUGUUCUAGAAAUAGAACUGAGCACUGACGGUUUAUCAUUGAGUAGAAACAAUCCUAUGCAAUAUUGGCCUUUACAAUAUAGGGUCAUUAAUAUUCCUUAUUUCAAGCCGGUGAUUAUAGGUGUGUAUAAAGGACUUGAGAAACCUUGCGAUGUACAUAAGUUUUUUGAAAAUCUUGUUGAUGAGGUGAAAUCAGCUAAUAGACUAGGAGGAAUACUAAUACAUAAUCGUCGUAUUCCUAUAGUGUUUAAAAAUUUUGUAGCAGACGCUCCGGCGAGAGCUUUAGUUUUAAAUCAUUAUGGACACAAUUCCGGUAAUCCGUGCUCUAAAUGCAAAGUUAAUGGUUUCCGACAUGAGAAUCGAAUGGUUUACUUGGGCAUCAAUCACGAAAAACGAACAAAUGAACAAUAUAUAUCUUGUUUGGAUGAGGACCAUCAAAAAGGAAAAAGUCCAUUACAGGAUCUUGGAAUACCGAUUGUCACAAGGGUGCCUUUUGAAAUUAUGCAUCUGGUAUACGCUGGUGUUGCUUCGAGGCUAUUAAGUGCGUGGUAUGAUGGCAAAUUUGGAUAUGCAGCGAAACUACCUAGCUCAGCGCUUAAUGAAAUGUCUUCACGAUAUGAAGAGUUAAACAAGUUUUGUCCAAACGAAUUUGCUCGUCGCCCUAGAUCUCUCGCAAAAUUCUCUAAAUUUAAAGCAACUGAGUUAAGACAUUUCCUUUUAUAUGCAGCACCAAUUAUUUCGUUCGGAAUUCUAUCUGACGAAUUUUACUUACAUUUGUUAUUACUUAAUGUAGCCAUGAGAAUAGUCACAUCAAUUAAAUGUUCGAAAUCGAAAAGGCAAUUAAAAACGGCUGAAAAAUGCCUACAAAGAUUUGUUAAAUAUGCGGAACAUCUUUAUACAGCGACCUUUGUAAGUUACAAUGUUCAUGGAUUACAACAUUUAGUUGAUGACGUAAAGGAAUUAGGACAUCUAGAAAAUUGUUCAGCAUUCGUUUAUGAAAAUAAUAUGCCGUUUUUUAAAAAAAAUAUAAGAAAUCAUCCACGUCCACUUGAGCAAUUCGCAAAUCGAUUACGAGAAAAAAAUUAUAUACAACAUGUACCUGAACGUAAUCUUGAGAAUCAUCGCCUUUCAGCAAAACACUCAAAUGGUCCCAUUCCUGAAUAUAUGGAAAAUACAAAUGUCAUACAAUACAAAAAUUAUCAGUCAAAUGAAUUUAAUUUUGCAUUAGAUGAUUGCAAUAGCUUUUGCAAGAUUCGGGAUAACUCUAUUUGCAGAAUUAGAAAUAUUUUGACUCAAAAUAAAAAUGUUUUCUUUGUAGUACAAAGUUUUCAAAAUGUUACAAAUUUUUAUGAAUUGCCAAUUCAGUCUUCAACUGUCGGAGUUUAUAAAUGCAAAGAGUUAUCAAAAGACUUACAAUUAAUCAGCACAAAUUAUGUAACUGCGAAGUGCUAUAGUAUGCCAAGUUGGUCAGGAUCAUUCUCUUCAACAAAAAAAUCAGAAAAAAAUAAUGAUGAAUAUAUUGUUUCUACUCUCUUACAUUAUAUUAAUUAGUUUCAUAUUGUAAAGCCAAUUUAUAUAUAACGUAGAUGUUUGAUCAUAUUCGCAUAACAAAUUUUAAAUUUAUAAUCUGUCAAUGUAUAAAUCCUCCAAUAUAAUUUAUUUUUUGUACCUCAUAACUAUUCAAUGUUUUUCCACUACAAGAUAAAAAAAGAACUAUAAAUAUAUACAUAUAUGUACUGAUCCACAGUGUCAUAAAAAAUGUCGGACAAUAAAGGUUCAAAAUGUAAUCGACGAGGACGUACAAUAAAAAAGCCUCCAAAGUAUUGUACUACAGAUUCUGAUA